AUGUCUAGCCCGCCAUUCACGGUCAAGGCGGUUUUCGAAUACGUUUCGGACCACGAGGAUGACCUUAAUUUUACCAUCGGCCAGAUCAUAACAGUUACUGGUGUGGAGGAUGAUGAGUGGUACUAUGGCGAGUACCUCAGUGAGUCGGGGAACAAGGUAGAAGGCAUCUUCCCCAAAAACUUUGUGGAGAAAUAUGAACCCCCCGCUCCACCGCGGCCAACGCGCCUCAAUAGACCGAAGAAAGAACCUGAGGCUGCUGCGCCGCCUGAGCCGGCCACGGCCGAAUCGCCUAUUGCAGAAACUCGUCCAUCUAAGUCCGAGGAAGAGCUAGCUCCUCCACCACGGGAGACGAGAGCGAUACCUCCUCCCCAGUCUCCUCCCGCGACUGUGGAACAGACGCCCACUGCUGAGUCGGCACCCACUAAGCCGGCACCGGCGUCCGCGCCAGUCCUUCCACCUGCACCUGCAGCCCAGAGUCCUCCGGAAGAGCCCAGUGAGCCUGCGCCUGCGCCUGCUCCUAAACUUGCAUCGAAGCCCUCGCCUCCUGUUGCAGAGAAACCUGCGAGCUCUUCAUUUAAGGAUCGCAUUGCCGCUUUCAAUAAACCUGCAGCACCGCCGAUUGCGCCGUUUAAGCCGAGCGGCUACUCCUCUCAGUCUUUCAUCAAGAAACCCUUUGUUGCACCGCCUCCGAGUAAAAAUGCGUAUAUACCGCCGCCUCGAGAGACACCCGCAGUUCCCUACAAGCGAGAAGAGGACCCUGACAUCCGCGAUCGGCCAGCACCCGAGCCACCGGUUUCUGAGAACCGACCUGCGCCAACUGAAGGUGCCGAGGAGAAUGCGGAGGAUCAGCCUAAGCCCACAAGCUUAAAAGAAAGGAUUGCACUGCUGCAAAAGCAACAGAUGGAGCAAGCCGCUCGUCAUGCUGAAGCUGCCCAGAAGAAAGAGAAAGCCAAACGACCUCCAAAGAAGCGUUCAGAAACCCAGGACGAGGGGUUAACUACAGCGGAUCCAGCGCCCGAAGACUCCGAGUCUCCAGAGGUCGGCCGGGACCACAGCGUCGAAACGCUGAAGGGUGCAACGGCUGCUGUACCAGCAGUGCAUCCCGCCGUUCAAGACCUUGCGAGUGAUACAAACGACGCAGAUGAUUCCGCGGCAGCAGACACUGAGGAUGCCGAUGAGACUUCUACAGGGAAAGAAGAUUCAGAGGAUCGCUCACGCGCUCCGGCGCAACGUGAACCCCUCACACGAAAGCUGGCAGAAGAGCACGGAGACGAGGAAGUAGAGAAGGGGAAUGAAAAACAAGAGGAAGAGGACGAGGAAGAAGAGGAGGAUGAGGAAGAAGAUAUAGAUCCAGAAGUCAGGCGCAGAAUGGAACUUCGCGAAAGGAUGGCGAAGAUGAGUGGCGGCAUGGGUAUGAUGGGUUUCUUUGGUCCUCCUGGUGGCAUGCCGGCUCCUGGGCCUGUAUCCCGAAAGCCUAAGGCUCCCGUUCAAAGCGAGAAAGACUCUGGUGAAUCGGAGACAGUUGCGGCUCCAAGUGCGCCGCCGGUUCCUGUCAUGGCCCUACCUGGAAUGAACGCCGUUAGAUCGCCAUUGGCUUCCCCCACUUUGGAAAGGAACGACGAGCCUCGAUCAAUCGCAUCGGUUGAACAAUAUGGUUCGGCCGGACCUUCUGACAGUGCACCUGUUCCAGAAGAUGAGUCUGAGGAGGAAACCCCUCGUCGAUCCGUCGAUAGGCCACCCCCUACUCCCCAUGAACGCCCUGUGCCCCCUCCGCUCCCCCCGAUGGAUACGCGCCCUACUCCUCCUUCUAGCUCUCAUGGUCUGCCAUCGUCCCCUCCUCAAAUUCCGGGAGGUCGUCCUGUACCUCCUCCUCCCCCGAUGAGGAGCCCUACUUCUGGCGGCGAGGACUCUGAUGAUGAGCUCUCCGUACACGCGAAAAACAUGUCUCUGAACGCUGCGGCUACAAAUCAACAUUCGGAGCCAGCACCUCCAGUGCCAGACCAUCUCGACUCUCGUCGUUCAUCAACCUACGAUAUGACUUCACCGAAGUCACCGACCGUUUCUUCCGAGAAAAGACUGAGUCGACCUCCUCCGCCUGUUCCACAAAAUAACCCUCCUGUUCCUACUCAAAAUCGGCCGCCUCCCCCACCGCCUCAGCUACCUAUUCGACGUAGUUCUACGGCUGAUAGUCGGGCCAGUAUUCCUCACCCACGUCAGGCUGGUGAGGACGUUGAAGGCGAGGUCACCGAAUAUGAUGGUGAUUAUGAUACCGACAUCGCUUCCGGUGCCAAGUUCAAGGAUGCAUUGAAAGCACAUGGUCGGGACUCUAGCAUUGAUGAAGGAACUGCCACCGACGAUCAAUCUCUUCAGUCGCCUCGCAGUCCGCCAGAGAACCGUCCACCACCACCGCCUCUUUCUGCUCCCAGAGGGGUUCCGCCUCCUCCACCCUCUCAACCACCAAAAAGUUCCGGUUCUGGCAGAGCUUCUAUAGAUGCGCCCAGGGCGCCUCCUCCCCCUCCGCCUCAACCCCAGAGGGAGCUCUCUUAUGGUCACGAUGAUGAGUAUGAUCCAUACCGUUAUACAGCACCACAACACGGAUUGCCUGCACCAAAAGCAGCUCCUGUGCCGACGGGACGACCCGACCUGCCUCCACCACCGCCGCCCCCUGUUCAAGAAGAUGACUCGGACGGUCUGUACGACGCAUCCCCUGUGCAGACAGCUCCGGAAACCUCGGCACCUCCUCUACCGAGCCAGCCUCCAGCGGCAAUCCCGCCGCCGACUCCAUUGAGCAACCGUGCAUCUUUGGACGUCCCGAGGGCACAACCUGCUGUACGAAGGUCCAUGGAUGUAGGCCGUCCAUCCAUGGACCAAGGUUUCAUUGCUAUGGAUCUGGACUUAGCUGAGGGCACGCUGUGGUGGGCUCAGCCGAACGUUCCUCCCCCUGUCCUUCAGAAUCGGCAGGAUAUCCUCCUUGAGUUCGAAGAGUCUAGCUCUUCGAAGCGAGGCGGGAAGACUACGAUCACCAAGGACGUGUACGUCCUAUUCCGUGAUUACUCCCAGACUGUGAUUUCUGUGAGUUUUGAUGCCCGCAACCCAGCGGACGCAGUGCUGGAACAACGUCAUGAGCAGCCUCCUCUACCUCCUCGCCAGGAUCAGCUUGAGAAUGCCCAUGUCCAAGUCGGUACUCGUGUUUCUGAGGGCGUUACGGCUAUUCAGAACACCACUGUAGCUGAUGGUACGCCGUUCGGACUUGUUAAGCACUUAUUAGACCCCUUGUCAGACGCACUUCGCCCUGUCGGUAACCGUGCGUACGGUGCUUUGGUUUACUCCAAUAUGGCCAAUGCUUCCGUGCAGCAACAUGACGAGAUCCGCCCCGGCGAUAUCGUAAGCUUCCGCAAUGCACGCUUCCAAGGCCACCGCGGUACAAUGCAUCAAAAGUACAGUGCUGAGGUUGGCAAACCCGACCACGUUGGCGUCGUUGUUGACUGGGAUGGAAAGAAGAAGAAGAUUCGUGCCUGGGAGCAGGGCCGCGAGAGCAAGAAGGUCAAGAUGGAAAGUUUCAAGCUGGACGACCUCCGUAGCGGCGAGUGCAAGGUUUGGCGAGUAAUGCCUCGCAGCUGGGUCGGAUGGGAUAAUUAA